AGGAGCGUGCGCAGAGGCGUGGGAGGCCUAAGGAGUAAGCGGCGGGAUGUGGACCCUGAGAGCCACUGCCAGGGAGGUGGGGUCUUUCCAGUGGUGAAGACACCGUGGCCCCGCUUGCCUGCCCUCGUUCUCAACAUCCUGACUCAUUUGCUCACCAGCAAGUGUGAGUCCUGCUCCGUAGCAGACGGUGAUGCUAGCUGCCAUUUGCAAGCCCUCCUGUGUGGCUGUCUGGUGUGGACGAAAGCGUGUGCACCCUGUCACCCGAGGUGCCCUACGAGACGCUGAACAAACGCUUUCGCGCAGCUCAGAAGAACAUUGACCGGGAGACCAGCCACGUCACCAUGGUGGUGGCCGAGCUGGAGAAGACGCUGAGCGGCUGCCCCGCCGUGGACUCCGUGGUCAGCCUGCUGGACGGCGUGGUGGAGAAGCUCAGUGUCCUCAAGAGGAAGGCGGUGGAGUCCAUCCAGGCUGAGGACGAGAGCGCCAAGCUGUGCAAGCGCCGGAUCGAGCACCUCAAAGAGCACAGCAGCGACCAGCCCGCGGCGGCCAGCGUGUGGAAGAGGAAACGCAUGGAUCGCAUGAUGGUGGAGCACCUGCUGCGUUGCGGCUACUAUAACACGGCCGUUAAGCUGGCGCGCCAGAGCGGCAUCGAGGACCUAGUGAAUAUUGAGAUGUUCCUGACGGCCAAAGAGGUGGAGGAGUCCCUGGAGAGGCGUGAGACUGCCACCUGCCUGGCCUGGUGCCAUGACAACAAGUCCCGGCUUCGGAAGAUGAAGAGCUGCCUGGAGUUCAGCCUCAGAAUCCAGGAGUUCAUUGAACUCAUCCGGCAGAAUAAGAGACUGGACGCUGUGAGACAUGCAAGAAAGCACUUCAGCCAAGCAGAAGGGAGCCAGCUGGAUGAGGUGCGCCAGGCCAUGGGCAUGCUGGCCUUCCCACCCGACACGCACAUCUCCCCGUACAAGGACCUCCUGGACCCUGCACGGUGGCGGAUGCUGAUCCAGCAGUUCCGGUACGACAACUACCGACUACACCAGCUGGGAAACAACUCUGUGUUCACCCUCACGCUGCAGGCCGGCCUCUCAGCCAUCAAGACACCACAGUGCUACAAGGAGGAUGGCAGCUCCAAGAGCCCUGACUGCCCUGUGUGCAGCCGCUCCCUGAACAAGCUGGCGCAGCCCCUGCCCAUGGCCCACUGUGCCAACUCCCGCCUGGUCUGCAAGAUUUCUGGCGACGUGAUGAACGAGAACAACCCGCCCAUGAUGCUGCCCAACGGCUACGUCUACGGCUACAAUGUGAGGGGGACAGGGCAGGGGGGCCAGGCUGGCACGCAUCGUCAUUGGGACAGGGCUGUGUGGGGCGGGCAGGGCAGGGGGGCCAGGCUGGCACGCGUCGCCACUGGGACAGAGCUGUCCUCUCACCCCACCCUGCCUUAGCUUCAUUCGAAAUGGAUGAAGGGGUGAGAAGGACAGGCAAGGUGGCCCCAGGAUUUCUUUGGCAGGUGUGUCUUCGGGAAAGAACUUUGCCUGAGAGGAUGAGUGAUUCCCUGGUGGUUCAUUGUGGGGAUUUUCCGUGGAAAUCCGUGUUUACGUUGUAUUCGCUUGCCUUAAUGCAUUCCCGCUUUUAUUUUUCAGUCUCUGCUUUCUAUCCGUCAAGAUGAUAAAGUCGUUUGCCCGAGAACCAAAGAAGUCUUCCACUUCUCACAGGCCGAGAAGGUGUACAUCAUGUAGGCCCCAUGUCGUGAAGCGCACGCCUUGGGGACGGGCUGCGGCGGGCGGGGAGGCCACGCCUUCCUCCUGUCCCUCGCUCCAGCCUGCCACGGCGUUUCUGUUUCUUGCGACCAAAGAUCAGUGAGCAAUGAUAAAUACUCUUAGGAAGAGAGAAAAUAAGGUUUAAUAAGUUUGUACUUGAAAACAUUUUGAUUGGUAGGAUUUUGUAACACGUCAACCAUUUGAUGCUUCGGAAAAGUACUUUCAACUUGCGAAGGAAACUUUUCUUUAAAGACUGACCUAAACACCGAGGGAAACUUUAGAACGUUUAAAAUAUAGGAGUCCGUGAUUUCCCUGUGUUUUCAGUUUCUUUCCUUCUGUGAACGAUGAGACUUGGAGAACGGGCUGGUCCUUCACCGCUUUCUGUUGGCCCUGGCCCGGCCGGGGAAGGUGGCAGCGGCACUGGACUGACCUGCAGUGACCCGUGAUGCCGCGCCACGAGGGACACUUAUGGCUUCAUUCGAGAGCUGCUGCCAAAACGCCUGGCGCCGCCACCGUCGGGCCGGCUUCGAGGACACCCGCCUGCCUCGCGGGCCGUGUCCGCGGGACUGUGUUCGUACGUGCGUAGUUUCGAUAUCACAUCGCGGGGCUGUGUUCGUACGUGCGUAGUUUCAAUAUCACACCCUCUGUGUGCCGCCUUACUUCCUGCUUCGAGAAUGUAUAACGUGGAAAUCCACGGGACCAAGUUUCUGCAGAGGCCUUGCCGGAUGGUUCCACAACUGUAGAGUCUAAUUACUAUCCAUUACAGAAAUUAAUCGUUCAGUUGAAAGAAGUACUGAUGACUUUUCAAAACAAAUGAACCACCGUAGUUGACAGAGAACCGUAUCGUAGAGGUUUGUAGUUAGUGCUUAUUUUUGCAUGUUGAUGUUGACUAGCUAAUAAACUGUAAAUGUAAACCAUGCGAAUAAAAUGGUUUUCUAUUUCUCA